AUGACCAUCGAAUCGAACAUACCGACCGAAUGCUCAGACCACGUCGUCUGGACAUAUAGAUAUCUGAACCGUCCCCGCGAAGCGACAUUUUGCGAUGAACGAAGCCUCUUCCGUGCCGGUCGGAAUACAUGGCCUGAUCUGUACAGGCCAACACCCAGUUACGAACCCACGCCUACGCCUCCACCUUACACGAAUACGGCCCCGAAAAGCACGCCAUCUCCUUCACCCUCGCCAUCACCGAGGGCAUCGCCAAGGGCCGGGCUCGGGAGCGGCGCGGAAGUUGUUAUCGUUGCCGCCUUUGGAAUGGUGCUGUCGGUUAGCAUUAUCUGGUUCUGUAUGAGCCGACGUAAUGGACCGGUCGAGCUUGAGGACGAGCACGAGGAGGAGAAGGGGCCUAUGCUUUCUAAGGCUGAGAUGGAGGCAGCCGAGGAGGAAGAGAAGGACCGGUUGUUGCAUGGUGAAUUCAAGGACGAUGCUCUGGAUGCACCGCCCCCUUAUGCGAAGCAUGUGCGCGGAUGA